ACUUUAUUUGAUAUGUGGGUGAAUUGAACAAAUAGUAUGAAAUGUUCUUGACAUUAUCUUACAUUUAAACAAUGAAGAAUUUAUUCUGCCAGUUGUAAUUGUGUUCUUUGGCGCGUGCAGUCUUAAAAAUGGGUACAGAUACGUCAACAACCAUGGACCAAAAACCGCCCAUCCCCAAAAAGAAAAAAAAAUGGUCGAUAAACAAAAAUCUGAUAAUGCUCAAAGUCACGUUGUUUUUUCUCUAUGGAGCAACGUCAUCUUUGGUCCCAUAUUUGACCAUCCACAUGCAGAGUAUUGGUCUAACGAUGGAAGAAAUCGCAAUGAUUUACUUAGCACUUCCUUUUACCACGUUCGUGGCUCCUCCUGUUACCGGAUUUUUAGUCGACAAAUUCGGGAAAUACAAACCCGUUGUCAUAAUAUCGUUUAUACUAACAGCAGCGUUGCAUCACUGUCUACUUUUACUCCCCCAUCACGAGAUUGCGGGCGUUAUCCCCUCGGGAUACAUCAUAACGCACCCGAAAAAGGGCUAUGUUGAGGUUUGGUGGAGCCCUUGCCCCAGUCGGGAGUGUCCCGAAGACGAAGAACUCGACGUCGCGCUUGACAUGUGUGUCGACCACUGUUUACUCAAGAAAAACCACCUGAAACUAAACGGAAGCAUCGUAGAUCCUGGCAACACCGACGAUUUGUUUUUUCAUUUGAGAAAAAAGAAAAAUGAUACACUCCGAGAGAAUUCGACUCAAUUGUUCACCCUUGACAUGCACCCAAAUCUGGGUGAGCCAAUAGAACAGGGGGGUAUUGAUUUGGAAUCGGCCGAAGAAGACGACAAUGUUAUAGACUUCAAAAAGCGCUUCAGAGAGAAGCUUUUACGCCGUUCGGGGGUCAAUGUCUCGGAACUGGAAGAAAACGAUUUGAGAUGUGGGGGGGUCGUGUCCUCGGCCAAUGAUAUGAGCACCCAACAACGUCUCCGGAACUACUCCACUGACUGUAUUUUGCAAAAGUGUCAUUUUAUCUCAGGAGGGCCUGAUGUGUGCCCCCCUGAGUACGAAAAAAGCAACGAUCGCAUCUUCUGGAUUUAUUUCACGGUCCGGUUCGUGGCCAGUAUCAUGCAGACUGCGGGCAUGACCAUCAUGGACCCCAUUGCCUUGACCAUGAUUGAGAAAUACGGGGGCGAUUUUGGGAAAGAGAAGUUGUUUUCAAGUCUUGGAAUGGCGAUGUUCUCACCGAUAACCGGCGCGCUUAUCGACUGGAAUAGUCACCGGUUAGGUUACACCGAUUAUUCCGCAGCCUUCUACACUUACGAUGUGUUACUCAUCGUGGCAGCCCUAGCUGUGUAUUUGAUGCCCCUGGGAACGAAACUGCCCGCUGAUAACAUUUUCCGCGACUUGAAAAACAUAUUUCAAAUGCCACAUGUCGUGGUCUUUAUCAUAUUUUUGUACAUUUUGGGGAACUUGUGGGGCUUUAUCGAGAGUUAUCUCUUCUUUUAUUUGAAGGAUUUGGGGGCUCCGAAUUACCUUUUGGGGAUAACUGUCACAGUUGGGACUAUCAGUAGUAUGCCUUUCUUGUACGGGGCUGAUAAUAUAACGCACAAAAUGGGGCAUAUUACUGUUAUUAUCGUGGCAUUUUUUGCACAUGCCGCCAGACUUGUCGGUUACUCACUCAUUGAGAGUGCUUGGUGGUGUUUCCCCUUUGAGGCCUUGGAGUCGUUAUCGGUGCAUAUGAUGUGGGUGGCUGCUGCCACCUAUUGUGCCAUUUUGGCACCUAAAGGCCUCCUCGCCACCUUGAUUGGUGUCAUAGGCAUGGCUCAUUUCAGCAUUGGUAGGGGUAGUGGGAGUUUUGUGGGGGGUCACGUGAUUGCAAAAUUUGGGAUACGUCAAGGCUUUCGCUUAAUGGGAUUGGUUGCUGUUAUUUCAGGCCUUGCCUAUGCCCUAUUGCACUUUUCAUGGUUACGAAACAUUGAUAAAGAUGAUGAUGAAGAUGAAGAGCCUGAAUUAAAAGAUGAACCGAAAUUUAAAGACCAGAGUACUAUGGUCAGUUUUGAAAGAUUAAGUCUGGUGAUUGAGUACAACCAAAUUGGUUCUUUGUCUUCCUUGGGGAGACAUCGAGAACCCGGUUCUAUUAUUAGGACUAGAAGUAAUAGUAUAAGAAGAGGAAGCUACUCGAGUGGGAUGUUUAAUAAAGCCCCGAGAGGCAGUAGUAAUUCAAAAGUUGAUUUACUCAAAUCUGCGAUUGAAGUUAAUCACCAUAAAAGUUCUAGUCAAAUGAGAAUUUCCAAUAAUUAUUUGAAUCGUCAAGCAACUAAUAGUGCCGGAAAGAUUUAUUCAGAUGUGAAAACUAGUAGUAGCCCCUCAGAGACGGAAAUUGAAACCCUCAUUCCGAACGAAAAAGAUGAAAUAAUUUACGAUUCAGUACAAACAAAGAGUAACAAUGAUCCUGUUUAAAUAUUUUGCCCCAAUCUCAAUUGUUUUUAUAGUGGGUGAAUAAAAUGAAAUUUUUUAAUACAAAG